CCUAUUUCCGGUGUCCGCCUGCCCUCCGCUCCGCCGCCUCCGCCACCGCCGAAGCCGCUGCGGCCGCGAUGCUGUCCCGGUCCCGCUUCGUGUCCCGGGCGUUCAGCCGCUCGCUCUCCGCCUUCCAGAAGGGGAACUGCCCUCUAGGGAGACGUUCCCUGCCUGGGAUCUCCUUAUGUCAGGGACCAGGUUACCCUGACAGCAGGAAGAUUGUCAUUAACAGCAAUAGUGACUUCAGUGUUCGCUUUUUCAGAACUACAGCUGUGUGCAAGGAUGAUGUGAUUACAGUCAAAACCCCAGCAUUUGCAGAAUCUGUCACAGAAGGGGAUGUCAGGUGGGAGAAAGCUGUUGGAGACACAGUUGCAGAAGAUGAAGUGGUUUGUGAGAUUGAAACUGACAAGACGUCUGUGCAGGUUCCAUCACCAGCAAAUGGCAUGAUUGAAGCUCUUUUGGUACCUGAUGGGGGAAAAGUAGAAGGAGGCACUCCUCUUUUCACACUCAGGAAAACUGGCGCUGCUCCUGCUAAGGCCAAGCCAGCCGAAGCUCCUGCUGCCGCAGCCCCAAAAGCAGAACCUGCAGCAUCGGCAGUUCCUCCUCCCCCUGCAGCAUCUGUACCCACUCAGAUGCCACCAGUGCCCUCGCCCUCACAACCUCUCACUAGCAAACCAGUGUCUGCUGUAAAACCCACUGCUGCCCCGCCAGUAGCUGAGCCAGGAGCUGGCACAGGUCUGCGUUCAGAACAUCGGGAGAAAAUGAAUAGGAUGCGGCAGCGCAUCGCCCAGCGUCUGAAGGAGGCUCAGAAUACCUGCGCAAUGCUUACCACUUUCAAUGAGAUUGACAUGAGUAACAUCCAGGAGAUGAGGGCUCGGCACAAAGAUGCUUUUCUGAAGAAACAUAACCUCAAACUAGGCUUCAUGUCGGCAUUCGUGAAGGCCUCAGCCUUUGCCUUGCAGGAGCAGCCUGUUGUAAAUGCAGUGAUUGACGAUACAACCAAAGAGGUGGUGUAUAGGGAUUAUAUUGACAUCAGCGUUGCAGUGGCCACGCCUCGGGGUCUGGUGGUUCCCGUCAUCAGGAAUGUGGAAACUAUGAAUUAUGCUGAUAUUGAGCGAACCAUCGGUGAACUGGGAGAGAAGGCCCGGAAGAAUGAACUUGCCAUUGAAGAUAUGGAUGGUGGUACUUUCACCAUCAGCAACGGAGGCGUUUUUGGCUCGCUCCUUGGAACGCCCAUCAUCAACCCCCCUCAGUCUGCCAUCCUGGGCAUGCAUGCCAUCUUUGAUAGGCCAGUGGUCGUGGGAGGCAAGGUGGAGGUGCGGCCUAUGAUGUACGUGGCCCUGACGUAUGAUCACCGGCUGAUCGAUGGCAGAGAGGCCGUGACUUUCCUCCGCAAAAUCAAGGCAGCGGUAGAGGAUCCCAGAGUCCUCCUAUUGGACCUGUAGGAGGAAGCCAUGCGCCCUCCACAUCAACCAUGCAGGAACUGAAAACCAGUCUUCUCCCUGUCCCCUCACGGGCCCCAGCUUAGCCUGGUGACAGACAGGCAUAUGCUGUUGUUCUCAAGCAAGGAAACCAGGGCACUAUGUAACCAGCAGUCACAGGUCUCUUCUUGGUGUUCCUGCCAGGCUCUCUCCCUCUCUGCACCGUUCUCUUACACUCGAAUAUCUGAUUUCCUUAGGCUUGAGGGAGAGAGAGCCUUAAUGGAUGCUCAUUAAUAUUCCUGCAUUUCUCCAUUAGCCCCCCGCAGAGAUGAUUUUACUUCUCCCCCAUCCAGUAUACCAUAGGGAAACUGCCGGGGACCGUGUGAUUAAGUUUCUGUCUCUUGAAAGUCUGUUCUCCAGAGACGCCUAGGAGGGUGCUGUGCCUCCCAAGCUCGGAGCAGCCUCUGUCCUGGCUGUGCACGUCCGUACUCAGUUCCACCCGUGUGGAGGUAUUGACCACAGGCCAGGAGGAGCUGCUUUGCUUCUUAAAUGGCAUCUUCAUUCUCAGCUGUCACUGACUUCAAGCUGCCUCUUCUACCUCUUCCAGGAAGCACAGGCUGGGGGAUCUGGAGGGGCAGGGGAUGGGUAGGCAGUGUUGAGGGGGGAGGACAGAUUCUGAGGUCAGAGGUUAUAAAUGAGACUGGAGCAGAGCCCAGGCCUGCCCUCACACUCUCCAUCAUAGCUUUGUACCAGCAAGACCCAUUUUGGCACAAGCACUCCCAGCUGUGGUCGUGCCGACCUUUCCAAACCACUGGGACCAUUCUACCACAUUAUUCUCAUCUAGAGCGGAUUCUAGCACAUCUUGGCAGUGAGACACAGCGUGUCACAACCAAGGGCUGGAUGGCGCCUGGUAGAGAUUGGAGUGAAGGAGGCAUCCUGUGGACUGGCUCACAUUGUCUUGAGCUUUUAAAUUCCAUUGGUUUAAGCCUGUGGGCUGAAGAGGCAGUUCUGUUCCUUCCUGUAUCAUGGCCCUUAGGGAGCAGAGAGCCUUAGCUCUUCCUCCACAGAACACAGGUCUGGGAGAGGACGGAUUGUGGUGGAAACCAGCCCAAGAUGCUAGUACACAGUGGGGAAAUGGCCGAUGUCACCUUUGAGGUACUGCCUUGGGUCUGGGCACAAUCAUUGGAAUUCUUCGGAGCAUGGUUAAAUGCACACGUCUUGUCAUGAAAGCUACUGGGCUUCAACGCUUCGUAUCCAACUGCAUCCAGGCCUGAGGCUGCUGACACUUGACACAGGGAGCUGUUUAUUUAGUGCAGGGUGCCCAUUUGUAUUUUGAGCGAAGAAGCAAGGCCUGGGGGUUGGGGGAGGGGGAGGGGGUGGGAGCCAGUACUGAGUGCCUGCAGCAUCUCCUACGUCUUCACUAUUCAGAACUUGUAACUAAAAUAUUUAAAGAAACUGAUUUUAACUGCAAAUUAAAGGGCAAAUGUUCGCAAACAGA